AUGAGCCGCGCGCACGACAUCGAUAACGACCGACCUGAACCCCUCUUCCUUUUCUACUCAUAUGAGGGCUCCCAGCCUCUUAAUCGCCUCGAGGCAUCUGCGAGGGAACCCCAGCCUUCCUCUUCAUGCAUGGUAGACCUCGCGACUUGUUUAUCGCCUUUAAAGACCGUCUCCAGUGCGGCGUUGCAUCGACGCCACCCCUCCUCCGACGAUAUGAUGGAGCCCCCUACAGACGGUUUCAAGGGCAAAGGUGUAUCCAAACCAAUUCCAAUCAUCGCUGGAGAUUCGUCUUUAGCUGCGUCGCAGAAUGGUGCGGACGACUUGUUCUCUAUGUCGCUGGGCUCAGCGGUAUAUGCAAACUCGGACCUUUCCCUCGAUGCAUCACUUCAUCCGUGUGUAUAUCCUAAUCUCGAAUCACUAUAUGACCCCACAGACAUAUCAUCUUGCAACGAGCACUCGUCUAAUGUUGAUACUUCCUCCUCGACCGAAGGCAAAGGCAAAGGGCGAGAGCUCCCUCCGAGUUUGCCUCCUCUGUCCUUCAUCACCACCGAGCUCAACUACAAGAGCUCAAACUGGCCCUCUUUCGACAUUUCAUCAUCAGCUCCAGGUCCCUCGUCAUACGACUCAUGUUUUCCAUCCAGCCGUCAGCCUGAACCUAGUCCUAGCAUCUCCGCCACCGACCGCUUUAGUGUUUCGCCGGAACCACAGGAGGAACCUGUCAUUUCCACGCUCUCCCAUCGGCGUUCCCUGUCAGAUAUCUCCGUCCAUUCCAGGCAAUCUAUCUCUGCCGCGUCGAUCACGAAAGUCAAAGUGAAGCUGGCGGGAGCGAAAAACCCUGGAAGCCUUGCCCGUAAGCUUUUGUUUAAGAAGCAGAGUAGCGCACCGAGCAGCCCAUCUCUUACAUCUGGAAGCAACACCAUAGUUGAUCAAGAUGUGCCUGGAUGUGUUCAAGCCUCUCACACGAAUUGCCUCGUUCCGUGGGCUGUGGAAGUUAAAUCUCGGACAAGGAAAGUUCCAGCCAUCCCCACAUUGGAGAUAGAUAUAGGAUUCGACGAUAUUGAACCGGCCUUUCCAAUUUUCUACGCUGGUCGUCCCUCUGAUAAUACGUUCUUGCGCACCAAAGGCCGCUCGUACUCUUCCCCAUUUCCACUGCCUUCCACUGCUCUCGAUCUUGUUCCCGCUACCACCACAGAUAUUUUCAAACCCAUCCUUACGGUUGUCCCAAACUACUUUGAUGGACUUCUUCCAAAUGAGCUGAGGAUCCAUAUACUUUCUUCAUUGGUCGACCUGCACGAUCUGGAGCAACAGAAGCUCAUAGAGGAUGGCACGUGGACCGUUCGCAAAGCGCUAAAGCAUAAAUGGACGGGCCGAGAUAAGGGCAUCCGAGAGCUGUUUAAACUGAGCAGGGUCUCCAAAUCUUGGCGCACACUUGUAUUUGACGGCCAGUUAUGGAUGAAGCUGGAUCUUCGUCCUUUUCCACAUCUAUCAUCAAGUGUCCUUUGCGAACUGUCUGAGACUGCGGGCGGUUUCAUUCAGCACAUCGACUUGACUGGACACACCGAGUUCUCCCCUUCGACGCUCCUAGAAAUAACAAACUAUUUGUGCGCAGAACCAUCUUCCAAGGAUGACUGGUCUUACACUCGCCUCACCACGAUCAAUCUGCGGGGCUGCACCGCCCUCACGAUGCGGUCGCUACACCACUUGCUGAUACGCUCGCCUUCUUUACGCAAUUUAUGUUUGAGAGGACUUACUGCCGUUACGAACACGACGUGCGAUGUCCUUGCGGUCCACUGUCCCGAGCUGCUUUCACUUGACCUGAGCCGAUGUGCUAACGUAACCGGCGAUGGUAUUCAAUCUCUGACUGCCGCCACGCUGAAGCGUCGCGAACAUCUGGCGCUGAAGGAGUUGCGGUUGUCUGGCCUACGACGCAUCACUGAUGAGGUCAUGGAGAGCCUUGGGAAGGUUGCACCGUUCCUUGAGGUGUUGGAUCUGAGCUAUGUGCGGGAUCUGCAUAACUCUGCUAUUGACGCCUUUGUGUCUUGCCCUGAGGCUGAACAUACCGGCCAGGAAAUUAUUCAGCUCACCGCUCGCGAAGCUGGCCGUAACCCCACCGAUCCAUACACUAUCUAUAGGCGGGUAACUCGAUUGCGUCAUUUAUCGCUGUCCUCGUGCAUCAUGCUCACAGAUCAUGCUUGCUCACAUUUGGCGCAUGCUGUCCCAGAGCUGGAGUUUCUGGAAAUGGCAGGCAUUGGCGUUGAACUUCGAGAUGACGGGUUGGUUCGUUUGCUCAAUACAACACCAUUCAUUCGGCGACUGGACCUUGAGGACGCCAGCGAGAUCACGGACGAUGUGUUACUAGCAAUCUCACCGGCAGUCGCAGACAUCGCUGCAAGGAAGCCUGUUCCCCCGCAAGCAGGGCAUGCCCUUGAGCAUCUUGUUAUCUCUUACGCAUCUGAGCUCACCAACGCUGCACUUCUCGACCUGAUACGCAAUUGCACACGUUUGCGCACGCUGGAAGCAGACAACACGCGCAUAUCAGGAUCCGUCGUGAAGGAGUUCGUACGACUCUGCCGGGAGCGCGCAAUUGUUGAUGCCCAGGUUGCCGUUAUAGAUUGCCGCGGCGUGGGUGAGCAGACGGUGAAGGAUCUCUCGGACGAGAUGCGUCCACGGAUUGGUUGGCGCGGAUACGAGACCCGGAAACUCGGCUUCCUCGACGCGCGAGACGAGGAGGACCUAGGCGUGGGCCAGGACGAGUGUGACCCAGCACGGGUCGCCAUCAAGACGUUCUACUCUUGGCAAACGGUGGAUGCUGUCCGGGCAGAACGCGAGAAGAAGCGUAAAUCGACGAGACGCGGUACGAAUGUGUCUUCGAGCAGCGGGGCAGAUGAAGUCUCCGGGAGUUCUGCCGGGCGCGCACGAUGGUGGUCUCCGAGUGGGCGAAGGUCAGGGACUACAUCCCCUUCAUUUUUAGACACGAAUCGCGAGAGAGAAGGUUGUACAAUCAUGUGA